GGAUUUUAUUUGUGCGUGGUGUAUUGGACCAGACGUGUAGGAGAAAAUAAAGUAAUUAAUUUUGUUAAAAAUAAAAAGAAAUUUAGAUAAAGCAGACAUAUUUAAACAUAAGUAUGUCACAGCUUUACGUUUUGUAUGAACAUGCGGCUGGGUACGCUUUGUUCUCAGUGAAGGAGUUUGAGGAGGUGGCCAUGUUUUUACCUCAAGUGGAAUCGUCGGUAACUGAUUUAGCAAAAUUCAAUUCGAUUGUUAAAUUGGCUGGAUUUGCUCCUUUUAAAACGGCCAUUUCAGCUUUGGAAAACAUCAAUGCCAUCUCUGAAGGUAUUGUGCCACAGGACUUAAUGGUUUUCUUGGAUGAUUUCUUCUCAAAACUAAAGAAGAAGAAAUGUCAACUUGGUAUAGGCGAUUCGAAAUUGGGAGCUGCCAUUACCGAAGCAAUCGGUGUACAGUGUAGCCAUUUUGGUGUAGUUCCGGAAAUAUUGAGAGGCGUUAGAUUUCAUUUUCACAAAUUGAUUAAAGGUUUCACUGACAAGUCGGCUGGUAUUGCUCAACUUGGUUUGGGCCACAGUUAUUCCCGUGCCAAAGUCAAGUUCAAUGUUCAUCGUUCCGAUAACAUGAUUAUACAGUCCAUUGCCUUAUUGGAUCAGCUGGACAAAGACGUUAACACAUUCUCGAUGCGUAUACGCGAAUGGUACUCCUAUCAUUUCCCAGAGUUGGUUAAGAUUGUACCUGACAAUUAUAUUUUUGCUAAAGCUGCUAAAUUCAUUAAAGAUCGUAAAACACUAACACAAGAUAAGCUAGAAGAAUUAGAGGAAAUUGUGAUGGAUUCGGCCAAGGCACAAGCUAUCAUUGAUGCUGCCAAGAUGUCCAUGGGUAUGGAUAUAUCUAUUGUUGAUUUAAUGAAUAUUGAACUUUUCGCGGAACGCGUGGUUAAGCUUUCGGAAUACCGUAAGAAACUAUCCACGUAUUUACACAACAAAAUGGAAUGUGUGGCUCCAAAUCUGCAAUCGUUGAUUGGUGAUCAAGUUGGUGCCCGCCUGAUAUCUCAUGCUGGUAGCUUGACAAAUUUGGCUAAAUACCCCGCUUCCACAGUACAAAUUUUGGGUGCCGAAAAGGCUUUAUUCAGAGCCCUGAAGACCCGUUCAAAUACCCCUAAAUACGGCCUUCUCUAUCAUUCCUCCUUUAUUGGGCGUGCUGGUUUGAAGAACAAAGGCCGUAUUUCACGUUUCCUAGCCAACAAAUGCUCCAUUGCAUCACGCAUUGAUUGUUUCUUGGAGCAGCCUACUGCGGUGUUUGGCGAGACUUUGAAGCAGCAAGUAGAAGAGCGUUUGAAAUUCUAUGAAUCGGGUGAAGUUCCUCGCAAAAAUAUAGAAGUUAUGAAGGAAGCCAUUGAAAUGGCAUCUAGUGAAACACCCAAGCCACAGCCAGGUGAGGCGUCAUCCCAAAAGAAGAAAAACAAGAAGAAGAAGCGUAAGCUUGAAGAAUCAGAAGCGGCAAAUGGCAAUGGUGCGACAACACAAUCUGAUGAGAAUGGUGCUGGAGAAGUUGCAGAGGCCGCUGAAAACGGUGGAGAUGGGGAACCCAAGAAGAAGAAGAAAAAGAAGAAGAACAAAAAUAAAGAUAACGAAUAGGUUUCGUUAUGCUAAAUCUUCUUGCUUUUCUUAAUUUUUAUUUUUUAUGUAGAUAUAAGAUACUAAGGAUUUGCUUUUAUGAUGCUCCCACAUGCAGACACCACUCCCACGCCCAACAAUAUUUCAUAAGCAAUCAUAACAUGUUUAACAGAUGUAUUUGUUGGAUGUAACAAUUUAUACAAUAGACUUUAUGAUAUGAAUAAAAUUAAAAUUAUUUUACCUUAGAAAA